UCUCUGCUAGUGACUGAAAGUAAAUUAGGCUCCUCAGUACUGCACACUGUCCGUGGAAUUAUGGCAACACAUCAUGACUAUUUCUGAAAUACAUCAAAUAUAGGUCGGUGAAAGGAAUGCACUCUCACUUUGGACUCUAUCCUACAUUUAUAUCUAUUGUUUCAGUAGCAGAUUAGUGCUUAAAUCUGAAAGAGCUUUUUUUAAUCGCUGAAAUAAUCCUAUGUUGAGUCGUCCUUUGAGGCUAGAACAACAAGAGAGAAAACAAUAACAACAAAAACAUCCUUUUGACAAUGAAUGCUGGUAAAAAUCUGCUUACUUGGGACUUAUAGUGUGGCAUCCCUCGCUCGGGGAUAGGCUGGGGGGAGAAGCCCUGUCGAGUAAGGCCAUAUGGCAUAACAGUUGGCGCACGUAUAUUUUUUGAGGUCUUGAUGGUGUUCCAUGUAAUCCUCAGGAAAACACUGAGAGAUUAAUCUUUUUGGGAAAGCCAGCGUAGUAUGUCGUGAUGGUUAUGCUAUGUGUUUGGCUUCCAGCUCUCACUGCAUCUCCAUGUUUGAGAGAUGACAUUUAUGAAAGCGGCUAAGUGAUUUUGCACUUCGGGGCAGAUUUACUGCCAAGUGAUGGGUAGUGUAUGGUUGGCUGACAAAAUGGUGAUGCUGAUGAGGUUGAGUGCAUAUCCUACUAAGGUCACAUGGCUGCUGGAUUUUUUUUCUGGGUAUUUAUUCAUCCUGUGUGGCUGCACAGAAGUCAAGUAAACAUCAUGCAAUGCUCAGAGCAAAACCGAGAUUGGGAGGAGGGGAGGGAGGGUGGAAAAGGGGAGGUGGGGUUAGACUGUUUGUGUGAUGCAGAGAGCGAGAAACAGUCAGGAAGAGGAUGAAGAGGAGGAGAGGAGUGUAUGUGUGUGUGUGUUUGUUUCACCUCCUAAUCAGUUUUCCUGAGGGAUCUGUCAUCGCCAGCAUCUCAGGAGGCAAGUGGAAGGCAAAAUAAGGAGCCGGAGCUGUUCGUCUUGGCUUUCUACCUUCAAACAAAUUGCAGACAUGGACACCCCUCUCUCCACUCCUUGCAAUAUUCAGAUCUGUGAGGUGACCUGCGACUCCUUCCGCAUCAUGUGGGAUAUGACCCCUGAAGACACUGAGAGGGCCACGCACUUCUUUAUUGACCUGAGCCGCAAAGAAAACAGAGACGGCAACCGCUUCAAGCACAGGGAUGUGCCGACCAAGCUGGUGGCCAAGGCGGUGCCUCUCCCCAUGGCUGUGAGGGGACACUGGUUCCUCAGCCCACGGACAGAGUACUGUGUUGCUGUUCAAACUGCUGUCCGGCAACCAGACGGUGACUACCAGGUUUCAGAGUGGAGCCAGGUGGUGGAGUUUUGCACUGGGGACUAUGCAAUGGAACACCUACAGCAGCUUCUUGACAAGGCAAGUGGCUCUGCAGGGAGACUGCUGAAGUUCUCAGUCUUUUACCGCAACCAGCACCCAGAGUACUUCGAUUAUGUCAGGAGGGAAUGCGGAGGUCUGAUGCGUCCAGCCCUGAAAGACAGUAGCGGAAGUCAUGGCUCUCCUGUCAACGGCAAACUACAGGGAGUUUUCUUCAGUUGCAAUACAGAGUUUGAUACAGGGCUCCCCCCAAACGACUCCCCAUACGGACCCUUAAGAUUCCAGAUCCCAGCGGGACAGCUGUUGAACCCCAACGUCUGCCUGUACUUCGCAGACUUCUACUGUAUGUACACAGCUUACCACUAUGUGGUGCUGGUUCUGGCGCCCAUGGGCUCUGAGGGAGACACUUUCUGUCGUACCCGCCUGCCAAUGCUGGACUUGGCCUCCAAUCCUUUCUUGACAUACAUCGCUCCUGAAAGGCCGGAGGAGGAGCCUUUGUACUGCCAUGCCAGUGAUGUCAUACUGGAGAUUCUUUUCACCGAACCGGUUCAUUUGGAUCGGGGCACAGUGGAGCAGAUCAGUGGACAUCACCAGCUCAUGAGCUUGACCACAGCCAAUGCAAAGAAAGAUCCGAGCUGCAAAGUGUGUAAUAUCAGUGUGGGACGCUGAAAUGAUGAAGGCAGGCUUUGAGUUUGCAGCUAUGAAUGACAUGGAGAUGGACAAAGAAAAAAAACAACCACGUCCUUCAUCUGGUGAGAACACUGUGGAGAGCAUUCUUUAGUUGAACUUUUACAUUUUUAUUUCAACAACUGGCUUUUACUUUGGGAAUCUGAGAAUGGUGACAAAAGUACACAAACAUGGAUGCUUUAUGAAAAUACCUAAUUAAAAGACAUUCUAAAAAUAAAGGAUUUGUAUACUUCAAGUCAUAACAGGUCACUUCAGGUGUCUUCUUGGCAUCCAUGGAACUGUUUGAAAACAUAAACACAAGUUAUUUUAAGCAGCUUCUUUUUUCCAAGCCCCUGCCAAAAAGUUGAAAAUGAGACCUUCAAAUCCAGUUUAGACUUUAACAGCAAUCUGCUGCAUCCACAUGAAAAACUUUAUCUCUUUCAAACCUGAAGGCAGAAAUUCCUAUAGAAAUGUACUGAUCUGUGAAAAAUGACAGUGAGGGCUGCUUGAAUGGCUGUGGGGGUAUUGGACAUCAGAAGAUAAUAUCUUUUAAGCUGCCUGCAGUAAAUCUCUGAGAGCACACUGGAGGCCUUCGAAAGAGCUGAGCUAUGAUUAGCUCUCUCCUCCUGCUACGAGGCUCCUGCCUCCCCCAGUACAGUAAUUUCUGACCUGUGCAGGAAAAAUGCCCUCAAUGAAAGAAAUGGCACCAUGAAUUCUAUUCAUGGCGGUCAGUCCAAUAUGGUUCAGUUGAAUAGAACAAUAAAUACUAGGGGCGUUGGGAAAAAUUGAUACGGCGAUAUAUCGCAAUACUUCAUUUGGUGAUACUUGUAUCGAUUCAAAAUGCUGACAAGAAAAUAUUUAAUUAUUUAUGAGCAUC